AAAAAAUAGGCAUCAUUUAUCUAUUGUUACUUGAUUAUUUUUUUUAGUUUCAGAAACGACUAGUAAUGCUUCAAUACAUGUCAUGGGCCACUACAACAUCUUUGGACCCGUAACCGUCCUGUUACUGUCCGCAUUCUCUGCAGCGAUGGGAAUCUUGUGCAAUUCAUUCCAUGUCACGGCCUUCUUUUUAAGAAGUCACCGUGUCGACCAGUUGUUCCAGUGUUUCUUGGGGGCCUCUGACCUGUCCGUAUCAUCUAUCCCAGCUUUCACCAUAUUGUACUACCAGCUGUCAAAACGCAGAGACAUUUUCGGGAUAUCAAAGAUACCACAAUUCGUCGUCACGGCCGGUUUUUACUCAUACAACUUGUUUAUUACCCUGACUUCAGCGGAAAUCUACUUCCAGAUCAAAUACUACUCGAAAACGUUCCGUGUGUUUACUAAAGUCCGAAGUGUCGUUGCUUCAGUGUUGGCGGUGAUCACGAGUGUCACAGUUGCUGCCAUCGGAACCUUCUUGGACCUGGACUACGGUCGCACCGCCCUGGAGACCCACACUGGAAAUUACUUUUAUAGAUUCAUUACUAACACUGUGUUUUGUUUUAUUCCUUUUAUGUUGACAUGCUCUAAUAUAUUCAAUUCAUUCCGCCUCAUGAAAAGAAGAAUGGAAAUCGAAAAGUAUUAUACAAAAUCCCAAACUUAUAUCAACAAUCGGUCUACUAUGGAAAUUAUUAUGAUAUGUUACGGAACUUUCUUAUUAUUCUGGAUACCUUACAUGAUAAUUGUUAUAUUCUAUCCGGAUUCAUCGGACUUGACUUAUUAUUCAGUGGCGUUGGUGGGAGUGCUUCGUUCCGUAUGUUGUACCUUUUUAACAACUUUUAGAGACGGUACUUUUCGACAAUCUUACAGUCACAUCUUCCAGUACGUAUUUUUCAAAAUCAACAUCGGUCACCACCAUAAUAGGCGCAGGAGGAACGCCGUCAUAAUUCUCAAUCAGGCACGGGAGGGCGCAUCACAACCUCGUACCCCUGAGCAUUCAUUCCCGGUAAACGCUACUCUCAAUGAAAACGAAAGUGCUGAGACUUCAUCAAGGUUUAUACGAGAUCCAUGAGAUACGGCUAGGUGUCCUAAUAGGACAAACUUCAGAGUCGUUUACAAGCCCGAUAAAACUGAUUACGACGAUGAAGCUCCGCUGACCAACGAAAUAGCCGUUGAAGUCCAUACAACGCGAUCUCCUACGCGACCGGAUUCACCUCGACCAUCGCCUUCGCCCCGACCGUCGCCUUCGCACCGACUAUCGCCUUCGCCCCGACUAUCGCCUUCGCCCCGACUAUCGCCUUCGCCCCGACUAUCGCCCCGACCCCCGUCUUCGUACCGACCCCAACGCCCUAAAUCACCGAGGCCAGAUUCCCCCCGGCCCUCGCCGUCCCGUCGGUCACCUCGCCCCGCCACCCUGUCCAUUGAGUCGCCCGACCUGGCUACACCUGCUCCGCUACCCGUUCCUGAUCCUCUGCAGAUCGCUACUCCACGGCCACUCGCACGACCUACUCUGAGCAAUUUGGACGAAAUUAUCGUUGAGUAUCAGUUAUCCGUUAGCCGGCCCUCACCAUCGGAAAGGCCAGCUUCAUCUCCUGAUGAAAGGCCGUUCAAGUCUUUCUGACUCUGGAUCAAUCGACUACGAUCGUUGUCUCUAUUUUCAAAACAUGUUAACACGGCAACUUUCUCCACCAUUUCUGAAACGGCCUUCCCUCAAGAGUUAAACCCAGGGCCUAAAAGGGUAUUGCCUACCAUUAAACACGAGGUAUUUGAUGUAAUUCACGAGCAUAGUGUUGUUGAGAAGCGAUUUAGAAAACGCGCGCCGCCCCUCGACUUGUGUGUGAUUUGUGGCGGCGACACCAGCACCCUCGCUCGCGGGCCGGAUGAUCCCUCUUUCUCUGUUUCUGGCAUAGCUGUGUCCCCUUGCAACUGUUGGGAGUUUACCGAACCACCGAAAAGACAACGAUAUUCUAGAUCAUACUUUAAUAAAUCUAACGUUAGGAAAGAUAAAACCACUUACUUGUAAAUGGUUCUAUCAUAUUUACAAUGUUAAUGUAGGUAUAAGGUCAACCGGAAUAUAUAUUUUUGUCUUACCAAGAUAUACCCGACAUACCUACAUAUAUAUUAUUAUAAUAUAUUUGUAAAUUUUACCUAGAAUCCAAAAACUCCGAUAUAUAUUAUACGAGAGGUGCGGAAUAUUUUCAUAUAUAGGUACAUUAUAUAAU